AUGUCGAUGUUCCUGCUUAUCAACUCCGAGAGAAUUGCCUUUCAGUUUUCGCCAAUCCGUCAAACAGCUUUGUCGUCAAUGCCUAAGAAAACUUAUAUGUGUUUGUAUAUGUAUGUUAGAAAUGGCAACUACACAUGCCACAUUACUUUCGAUGGACGUGGUGUUGCAGAGACCGCACGUCAGCUUUUCGCUCUUGCCGACCAGAAGUAUGAGGAUGUCCGUCUUACCAGAGAGGCUUUUGCUCCACUGAAAGAGACUUUCCCAUUCGGACAAAUGCCAGUGCUUGAGGUUGACGGCAAGCAGCUGGCGCAGUCGUUGGCAAUCAACCGCUACUUGGCAAGGACUUUUGGUAAGAGCGCAGAAGCAUCAGUAUAG